AUGCCGCAAUCCAGGGCUUAUUACCAUUCUAACUACUAUCCGCCUCCUUACAAUGGAUCGGCAGAAGGAUAUCCAUUAUAUCCAAUGAACCCAGAAAAUAAUAACGUAGAGUCGCCAUAUAGCUUCUGGUCUGGUGUGAAAACUACGGGAGGUAUUAUGAAGAUAUUCAUAUCUGCUGGAAGAUUGGCUGUGGCAAUUUUUGACUCUGUCUCAUAA